AGCAACACUAACCUUUCAAAGCAAUUUCAUUACUGUGAAACUCUGAUUUAUUGAUUCGAAACAUCGCAUUAACUUUCCUUUAAUUUGUUUUAGUUUUUAAGAAUUAGUGAUUUGUGUGCCUUCACGUCUGGUCAAUUUAAUAUCGCAACAUUUCUGUAACAAUAGUUUGCAUUUUUUGCUACUGUUACACAUUUUAUUUUGCACAUCUCAACCGGAAAUAGAACUAUUGAACUACAACGCUUGAUAGUUGCUUGAAGAGUAGAUUUUUUUGCUCGGGUAUUACUUUAAUUGUGUUUAAAAAGUGAUUGAAAUUUAUUUUUCUAUGAUGUAAAUGUAAAGACCUAAAUAUGCAUUGUAUUUUAUCAUGAUUAACAAAAUAAAUGACCCCUCUGUGUUUAGCUAUGAUGGCGGUUUACUGACAUCUAGUGGUCAGAAUAAAGAUAGCAAAAUAUGUCAGCAUUACUUCCUCUAAAAAUAAAACAACAAAACUCAACAAAUGGAUUUCAAAUAAAUUAUCAAAUUAUAUUUAGGUAAUUCUUUAAGAAUGCAACUAAAUAUUUCCAAAGGGAUUUAUGCUGCUUUUCGGAUCGUUUUUGUUUAGGUUUGUAGCCAGUAAUGUGUUUGGCUUACUGACGAAACCAAAGGGAGUUAGAGGCUAGGCUGCCUCAGCUCAGUGUGGAGAGUGGCUAGUUUUAGGGUAGAGAGGUCAUGGCGAUGGUUUCUCCCUCUGGUUUGUCUCUGCUCUCUGGGGUGUGCAGCAAACUCAUAACUUCAUGGUUUUGGUCCAUCAGAAGUAGAAUUAUAAACAUUUAAAGUUUACUCUGUGUCAAAGCCGGCAUUACACUCUAUAUUUUCUCUGGAUUACGCUAACGGGACUCCCUCAGCUGACGUCGUUUGGUUUGGCAAAAAAUAAAAGAUUUCUCACAAAAAUGACUCUAAAAGCCUAAAUAAUUCAUGUAUGUGUAAAAAAACAUUUUAAACCGAGUUUCUAUUAUGUUUCUCUAAACAUUGGUUCAUGGGAGUCUCUAACCUGCAAUUUGCUCUUUAAGAUGUAUUUUAAGCAGUGUUAACUGCAGAACGUUCACGUGUUGGGCUUUUAUUUAGGAAAUCUUAACCGGAAACAAAUUACAUAGAUUUUUUUUGUGGUAAAGUUUACGCUUUACGACCAUCUCGGGAAGUUGCUAGGCAACGAAAUGCUUCACUGAACAAAGGUUUUCUGGGCGUUCGGCUUUAAAAUUCAAUGUUUAAUCACAUUUGAUCAAUAUUUUAUAAGGAGGCGUUCAGGUAACUUGUAAUUCUUUUUUAUUAUUGUUAUUAUUAUUACUUUUAUACACGCCAUUUUAAGGAGGAUUAGCUUAACGUUGACCUGAAUUGACUCAAUUUGAAAGAUUCUCUGUUAAGUUGUUAAGAAGUGGGAUUGACUGUCUUCCGUUUUGAGAUUAUGUCUGAAAGUGAAGCAAAAGAACAGGAUCCAGCCACAAGCACUGAUCUGCAGCAAGCUGCUGGUAAAACACAGGAGAGUCAACCAUCUGAAGAUGAAGGGAAUCCGGUGAAGAGCACAGAUGAAGUAGGUGUGAGAAAAGCUGAACCAAAUCCCAACAAACUCAAGAUGACUGGCCGAUCUCAAGUCUACACUUCAACCAAAGAGACACUUUUCUUAAACAACAGGACUCAUCCAAGCACCCAUGGACUGUCACCAGUGUGGAUCUUUGGGAAGAAUCCAGCUCUACCUGUCUUCAAUGUGCAAGACCACGAUCAGUUGGUUUUCCUCUCCGCUGCAGCUAAUGUUGGCGUUCUUUAUAAUCACACUUCGAACUCACAACAUAUUCUGCGGGGUCACUCCCAGUCCAUCUCCUGUAUGUGUGUCAGUGAAGACAGACGCUGGAUUGCAACAGGAGACAAUGGGUCAAAGGGUUGGGUGAUAAUAUGGGACUCCUACUCUGGAAUUCCCGUUCAAACAUUUUUCGAUUGCUUUGUUGGAGGUUUAACUGCUUUGGCAUUUUCAAGUGACACCAAACAUCUAGCAACGGUCAGUGGAGAAGAGGUUCAAUGUGUGCAUAUUUGGGAUUGGUCCAAAAAAGCAGCAAAGCUUCUCAGCUGGACUGAACUCCAUCCAAAAUAUGGUCUUCAGGAUUACAUCUCUUUUAAACCAAAUGACAGCAUGCAGCUCCUCAGCAGCAGCAAGAAUCACAUGGUUUUUUAUAGCAUGACCAAGGGAAGCCUUCGGUACUUUGCACUGAAUCUUAAGAAGCUCGUUGGUUCGGUGGUAUUUACACAGCCUUUUCCUCUUUCGCCGAAACGUGUCCCUCUUGCCGAAGUAUCUCUGAGUCGCUCAGUGUUUCACUGCACAAAAUCUCAGGUCCUAAUGGCCAUCGGGGGCAUUCUUGUGAUGAUGGAUGUCAGUGAAGACUUAGUUGAACGCCAGAACUUACCCUCAAGCAAAAUCAAGAAAAUCAAUCACCAGCAAGACCCCAUCACUGCUCUCACCAUGGUUGACGGCUGUGGUGUGAUUGGAAACGUCAAAGGCCAAAUAAAGUUUUUCGACGUAAACUUCAAGUUCCUCAGGUGGUUCGUUGACCUCAGCCUGGACCCCAUUGUUUUCAUUUCUUUCUCCAAUGAAUGUGCCGAUGAGUUUGUGGAAGACCUCUCUCUGGAAGGCAAGCCAUUUAUUCUCAGGAACUUUACAGUACUUACGAUCAGUUCCAAAGUUGUGCAUGUGAAUGCACAGCGUGACUUCUCUCAGACUCUCCUGCAUGAAGCCGGUGAGCCUCUCUAUGCAGUGGCAUGCCAUCCCAGUCAACCAACUGUUGUCAUGGGCAACCAACUGGGCAUUUUACAAAUGUGGGACUACAACAAGAAAGUACCCAUUGGCGAUAAAGUCUUUAUGACAGAAAAGGGCAUCCAUUGUGUUACUUUUGAUCCUAAAGGAUUAUAUCUGGCUGUUGGCUUUGGGAGUGGAGUUGUUAUUAUACUAAAUUCUCACACCUUGCAAAGUGAUCCAGAGGAAAUUUUCCAUUACACUACAGACAGCAUCCAUCUCAUCACCUUCUCAGCAGACUCACAGUACCUUGCUGCAGCGGACACCGGUAAUGCAGUGACAGUGUUCAGAUUACAGAGACUGGAAGGAUCAUUGUCUCGAUGGACGUAUCUGGGGAGAUAUGGUUCUCACUAUAAGCCUAUCAAAGACCUUCUUUUUGGGGUCCAUCUGGACAGCAACCAACCAAGACUACUCUCUCUGGGAAUGGACCGCAAACUGGUGGAGUAUGACCUGAAAAACAGCAGCGUGAAUGAGCUCCUCAUCCUAAACUCAGAGCAGAUUGAACAGAGUGCUACGCCACUGUGCAUGACCUGGUAUCCUCCGCUAACCACAGAGCACUUUCUUCUUGUUGCCUCGGACCAGUACAAGAUGAAGCUUUUCAACAGCACAACUAAGAUGUGCAGACAGACUGUCCUUGGCCCAGUAUUUGGUUCUCCCGUUAAGAAAAUGGUAGUUCUUCCCAAAUUGGAUGAACCUGAGGUUAAGUCCCAUCACCUCGCAUACAUCACAGAAGAUGAGCUGGGCCUCCAGAUUUUGCCUUUGGACGGAAACCCGCACAAGUCCACUGCUUUCAUCGGCCAUCCGACAGGGGCGGCUGCUCUUGCCUGCUCCUACGAUGGCUGCUUUGUUUGUACUGCAGGAGGAUCUGAUUGCACUGUCAUAUUGUGGGAAAUUAACUUGAAAGUGUUAGAGGCCACUGCCGCUUUGGGAGGAAAGGACAUGGAACCCUUUUACAACCUCUUAGAGGGAGGAGCAGAUGGAAGGGUUUACAAGGAGAUUGAGAACUAUUUCUACUACUGCCAAAUUAUUGAUCAAGGCCACAGUUCAAAGAGACAACCAUCUACCAAAAUCCCCUUGUCGCAGGUUCCCUUUCUAAUGAGAGCUUUGGGCUACUUUCUCUCUGAAAAAGAGAUAAAUGACAUGCAAAAUGAAAUCAAGUUCAGCAAAUAUGCAGAAACAAGAAAAUAUGUGAAUGAAAUUGGUAUAGAGGAUUUUGUCAAGCUGUACAUCAACCACCGACCAGUCGUUGCUAGCUCCAGCAGAGAGCUUCUUCAGGCUUUUAACGUCCUCGGGAAAACUGGCAGCACUGGGCAGCCAGUUCUGCAGAGAAGUGAUCUGAUGACGCUCCUAAAAGGUCAAGGGGAACAUAUGACAGAGAAAGAGGUGUCAGAGUGUUUAACUACACUUCUAAGCCUCGAUGAGGAGGAAGAGGAGGAGACUGAAGGGGCACAUUGUGCAGAUUCAGAAAACUUGCUGGAGUGUGUGAUCCCAGAUGAGCUAUCUAUGAAGACACUAACACAAAUCCUGGGCUUCCCGUUCCUAGAAGAGAUGAGCACCAGGUCUUCCCUUCCAGAAUAAUGGAAUGCAUCAGUCAGUCAAGAAGAUGUGUUGAUGACUAGAUUUGUAUUGCUCUUUAAUGGUUUGUUUCUAUAGCGUUUGCUAACAGUUACUGUAAGUAAUUUUUUUAUUUCAGUUUCAAAUGUUGUGCAUGAAUAUCAGCGCUUAAGAAAACCUUCUCAGGUUAACAAGCUUCCAAAAAAUGUGUUUAAAUUGUAGCAUAAUCUAUUGGAUGAAUCAUAAACUGUAUCCUCAGUGCUGCUGGAUUAUCUUAGUAUUCGAUGGUGAAAAUAUAGUACAAAAAAACUACAAAAAAUGUAUUUCUUUAAAAAAAAUGCUUCUGCAAAUUUUGUUUAAAUAUUACAAGCUGAGUCUGUAAAAAUAUUUUAAAUGUGAGUACAUGUUUUUAAAGUCCUCAUUUACAAGUGUGACAUAAAGUUGUGUAACAUUUAUGAUGCUGUUACACAAUUGUGUAACAUUUAUGAUGCUGUUACACAACAGCAGCGCCAACUCCGAAUGUUCAAUUCCUACUUUAUUUUAAUAAACAUUUAUAGUCACA